AUGGCGAUAUCCGGUAAUAAUGUGUUCAUGCGGGGCGAGUGGAGCGUGGGCCACAUUCAGAGUCGCUGGCCCAGCCGCACUUCGCGAAGCUCGUGGUGGACGGCGCGGCUGGCGAUCGCCGAGUACCGGCACCAGUUCCAGGCGAAGCGCAAGCGCAAGGCGCCGUGCACGGAGGACGGGCUGGUCCCUUUGGCUCGGGCAGGCUCUCGCGAGGCCGCCUUCUUCUCCGCCCUCACCGCCGCCGGCGUGGUGCACGCCGUGGCGCGCGCCUGCAACACGUCGGAGGUGAUCCGGCAAAACUGCACGUGGACCUACCAACCCUGGUUGCUUCCCGGAGACAACGUCAAAUACGGACGCCAUUUCGCCAAGUUGUUCUUGGACGCGGGCGUCAAAGACCGCUGGAGGCAAGGAGGGCGACGCAAGUCUUUGUCGAAGUUCCUCCUGAUGGAACUGCACAACAACGAAGCGGGCCGGCGGGCGGUGGAAGACCUGUCGUACUUCAAAUGCGGUUGCGCCGAGAGAACCGGCGAAUGUGUCGGCGUCUGCUUGCCGCGGCUCCAAGACUUUCGCAGCGUCGGCGACUUUCUGAAGGAAAAGUACAACGUAAGUUCCGCCAUGCGGCUGGUGAGGAGCAACAGCAGCAGCAGCGACGUCGCGCGCUGGCGCCUGCAGCCGGUGAACGAGUGGCUGCCGGCGCCCGGAGCGAGCGAGCUGGUGCACGUGGAGGCCAGGGAGUACUGCGUCCGCGGCGCUCCCGGCGGAGCUCCGGCGAGGCGGCGCUGCAACGACACCUCCGAGGCAAACGAGCGAUGCUCCGACAUCAACGCCGCGUGCUGCGACACGGGAUACGACAUCUCGCAAGAUGCAAACUCAAUCCGCCACACCCUCUCCCUGCACAGCCGCUUCGUGCGCGUCCAGAACGAGGGGCCCGGCAAGAGCUCCUGGUGGACGUACACGGGAGGCCCUGGCCCGCCGGACGAUCUGGACGCGUGGACGCAGUUCCGCACGCGCGCCAGCUCGGACGCCAGCACGCUGAGCACGCUGAGCGCGGGGGGCGUGGGGGGGCCCUCUCCCCGGCGCCCGCCCGCCGCAAUGCGCGACUCCUCCGACUUGGACGACGACUACGACGACUACGACGACGACGGCGACUUCGGCGUCGGCGGCUCGCUGUUGCCGGAUCUGUCGGCCGUGGACCACCACCACCACCGCCACCACCGCCGCCUCGACGACGAGGAGGAGGAGGGUGGCGGCGGCGGUCGUUGCGACGACGCCGACGACGACGAAGAAGCCAUGGUGACGUCCGGCUGCGCCGAGCAGGCCAUGGGUUUUGGUGGCUCGCGGGCCGAGGUGGCCGACCACCACCACCGCCGCCACCGCCACCACCACGACGACGACGACCAGCACGGGCUGGGCUUCGGCCUCAACGAGGCCAUGAUGGACGAGCUGCUCGACUCGCUGAGCCUCUCCCUGCAGCAACAGCAGCAGCAGCAGCAGAACUCGGCGUUGGCCGCGGCGUCACCGCCGCCGCCGCCGUCGUCGUCGUCGCUGGCCGCGGCCAUGCUGAUGCUGGAUGGCGACGACGAGCCGCGGAUGAACAAGGCGAUGCUCACGCACGCCGACCCGCUCAUGUCGCAGGCGACGCCGAACCUCGGCCGCCACCUCCACCUCCACCACCACCAGCAGCAGCUUCACCACCACCACCAGCAGCAACAGCAGCAGCAGAGGCAGCAGCAGCAGCAGCUACUGCUGCUCCACAAGCAGCAGCAGAGGAUGGCGGAGCUGGCGGCGUCGGCGUCGUCCCUGCCUACGGCCACGAGCCACCUGGGCAACUCUCUCUCCUCGCCCAGCCUUCCACAAGGCAGCCACGGGCCCCUUCUCCUCGUCGCUGCCCAACGCGACGCGGGCUUCUUGCAGCAGCAGCAGCAGUUGAAUCACCACCAGCAGCAGCAGCCGCAGCAGCAGCAGCAGCCGAGGUUCCCUUGCGACCUCGACGUGGAGAUGUUCAACGGGAGCCUCGACUGCGACGUCGACUCGAUCAUCCACAGCGAGCUGCUGCUCGACGGCGCCGGCUUCGAGUUCUCCUUCGACUCGGCGCCGUCGCCCGACGGCUCCUCGCUGGCCGGCGGCAGCGGCGGCGCUCACAAGAACUGGCUCAGCGGCUGA